UAUUUAUAAAAUAGGAUAAUUAAGUUGAUUACUGUGUAUUGUACAAUUUAAUAAACACUAAUGAUAGACCGCGGCGUUCAAAACGCUCGUGAAAUUCACCCGCCAACGUUUGAAUGCGUCGCAUUCGCCCUUUCAUCUGUGUCGAAAAAUCGACACUCAACUGGAUUAUAAACAAGCGUUCACAAGCUCACGCAAGCCAAGCUAAACGCCGACUUCUGCUUGUGGAUGUUUGCCGAGGUUUUGUCAGCGUGUAAAGAGAGGCACCAUUCGGAAACUUCAAAAACUUUUUUCAGAAUCUUCUAGCAAUGUCAUUUUUACAAAAAAAUCUUAUUUUAUACUUCAACAUUUUGUACAAUAUUUUUAGAACAUAUUUUUAUUGUAAACUCUAAGAAAAUUAAGUAAUUUAAAUAAUAAAUGUAAUGAAAAUCAAUAGCUGAAGUCUUUCGGUAAGAAUUAAGAUGUCCGUGUUUAGGCCAAUAAAUUUAUUGAAAAUAUCUCAACAGACUGUGCAGCUAUGGAAUCCAGGGAGUAUGUUGAAACUCCAGUCGUCAUUGUCUUCAAGGGCAGAGUCCUUCCUGACGGGAGAUAGCGCCAACUUUCUGGAGGCGCAGUACUUGGACUGGGCCAAGUCUAAGGGAGCUAUAGAUUCUUCUUGGGACGGGUUUUACGACAGCGUUGCAGGGCCGGCCCUGAAAAUCGAAGACUUUCAAGAUGACUUUAGUCCCUCCACUGUCAAAGGCAAAUCGAAGGAAAAGGAAGGAAAAGGUGAUAACAAGGAAAGAAUCAAGCUUCAAAUGGCAGUACAGAAUCUUAUCAGGAGUUAUCAGUCUCGUGGCCACCUGCUGGCUAAGACGGACCCUCUCGGGCUGAAUCUGGCCGCCCGGUUCGUGGUCAAGUCCAAAGCGAAGCACGACACCAAAGGCAUAGAGUGCCACAUUGUGUCCAGGGAGUUGGGCUCGAUUCUUUGUGAGAAACACAUGGAUAUGGUUUUUGAGCUGCCAGAGAGGACUUUCAUUGGUGGCAAGGAGACCGCGCUCACUCUCAGGGAAAUCAUCGCCCGUCUAGAGCGCACAUACUGCGGGUCGAUAGGCGUGGAGUACAUGCACUGCUACGACCUGGACUCGCUGCAGUUCAUCAGGGAGCGCAUGGAGCUGCCCACCGCCUUCGACAAGACCGUUGAAGAGAAGAGGCUCAUCAUGAGGAGGCUCACCAAGGCUGUCUUCCUUGAAAAAUACUUCGCGACGAAAUGGCCGGCAGAAAAGCGCUUCGGUCUGGAAGGCGGCGAGAGCAUGAUCGUGAUGCUGGAGGAGAUCGUUGACACCAGCACCAGGCUCGGCGUGCAGUCUAUAGUCAUGGCCAUGCAGCAUAGAGGUCGCUUGAACAUGUUGGUGAAUGUAUGCCGGAAACAAUUGACGGAUAUUUUUGCGCAGUUCAAACCCAUGGAGCCAAAAGAACCUGGUUCAGGCGACAUCAAGUACCACUUGGGUACUUACAUCCACCGCUUCAUCCGCCGCACCAACAAGUACAUCAAGGUCUCCAUGAGCUGCAACCCCUCGCAUCUGGAGGUGGUCUCGCCGGUGGUGGUCGGGAAGACCAGGGCUGAGCAGUUCUGGAAGGGAGACAGCAACGGCGAUAAGGUUAUGGCCAUCAUCAUGCACGGCGACGCGGCGUUCUCCGGCCAGGGCGUGGUGUACGAGACCUUCACCAUGAGCAACCUGCCCAGCUUCACCACGCACGGCAGCAUCCACAUCGUGUGCAACAACCAGAUCGGCUACACCACCGAGCCGCGCUUCUCCCGCAGCUCGCCGUACUGCUCAGACAUAGCGAAGUGCGUGGACGCGCCGAUUCUGCACGUGAACGGGGACGACGCUGAGGCCGUGGCGCACGUGGCGCGCGUGGCCAUCAGCUACCGCUGCGAGUUCAAGAAGGACGUAGUCAUCGACUUCGUCUGCUACCGCCGCUUCGGCCACAGCGAGGAGGACGAGCCCAUGUUCACGCAGCCUUUUAUGUAUAAGAAGAUCAAGACUAUGAAGACAGUGGACAAGAUAUACGAAGCGCAACUGAGGGCAGAGGGCGUGAUAAACGACGCGGACAUCAAGCAUUGGGAGAAGGAGUACAUGGACACGCUGAACAAACACUUCGAGCUGGCCAAGAAGGUCACCAAGCUCAGCAUCAUGGACUGGAUCGACACGCCGUGGACCGGCUUCUUCGAGGCCAAAGAUCCUAAGAAGAUCGAGGAGACUGGCAUAUCCGAGGCGACAAUAUCCACGAUAUCGCAGCACUUCUGCAAGCCGCCGGAGCCCUGGGCCUUCGAGCUCCACAAGGGCAUCGGCAGGAUUCUACAGAACAGAGAGAAAAUGGUAAAGGAAGGGAUAGCAGACUGGGCCAUGGGGGAGGCGCUCGCGUACGGGUCUCUGCUGCGCGACGGCGUCCACAUCAGACUGACCGGCGAGGACGUCGAGAGGGGCACCAUGGCGCACAGGCACCACGUGUACCACCACCAGGGUGUAGAUGGCGCCACGUACCACGUGUUCGACCAGCUGUACCCCGACCAGGCGGUGUACAGUCUGCACAACAGCGCCCUCAGCGAAUUCGGGAUCCUGGGCUUCGAGGUGGGCUACUCGUACUCGAGCCCGAACCUGCUCACGAUCUGGGAGGCGCAGUACGGGGACUUCGCGGACACGGCGCAGCCCGUGUUCGACACGUUCAUAGCCAACGGCGAGAGCAAGUGGGUGGCGCAGUCUGGGCUCGUGGUGCAGCUGCCGCACGGGAUAGAUGGCGCUGGCCCGGAGCAUUCGUCGGGGCGCGUGGAGCGCUACCUGCAGCAGGCUGAUGAUGAUGAGGACAUCAUACCAGAUUUGGACGACCCUGAUUUUAUCGUGAAGCAGCUCCGCGCAUGCAACUGGAUCGUUGUGAACCUGACGACGCCGGCGAACUACUUCCACAUGAUCCGGCGGCAGCUGGCGACGCCCUUCCGCAAGCCGGUCAUCCUCAUGACGCCCAAGGUCGGCCUCAAGCACCCCUACUACCGCUCCCCCUUCGCGGACUUCAAGCUCGGGACCACCUUCCAGAGGGCUAUACCAGAAAGCGGCCCGGCUUCCCAGAAGCCCGAGGGCGUGAAAAAACUGCUUUUCGUUUCUGGCAAAGUGGCCAUCACCGUGGACGAGCUCCGCAAGGAGAAGAAACUGGAAGACCAGAUAGCGAUGUGCCGCAUCGAGCAGUUGUACCCGUUCCCUUACGACGUGGUGCUCCGCGAGUACUGCAAGUAUGAGAAGGCCAAGGUGUUCUUCUGCCAGGAGGAGCACAAAAACCAAGGCCCGUGGCCGUUCUGCGGCGUGCGGAUUUCGAAUUUGCUUGGAAAGAAAAUUGGGUGCAUAUCCCGACCUUCGAGCUCCGCGUCCGCGACGGGCAUCAAGUGGAUCCACGCGAAAGAGUUGAAAGAACUCAAAGAAAAGAUAAUUGCUUUGUGAAGUUUGCGAUUCAUUUUGUACAUAUGUUGGCUGUGAAUAAAUUGUUAGUGCUAAUA